UGACAUUAUUUCCAAGAUAUUUACCGGCAAGCCACCUUUUAGUGACAUCAAGAAUGAAGCUGGUGUUGUACACGAGGUCGUGACGAAGCGAAGUCAUCCACCAUGACCACCCUUAAAUGUUUUUCCAGACGAUAAACUAUGGUCACUUGUCACGGCGUGUCUCACAAGUAUUUCAAGUCGGCGUCCGGACGCGAAACAAGUUUUAGCAACCCUGUUACAAACAAACGACGAAUCCGAUGAAUUGAAAUCAGUUAUCAUCGCUGAUUUUUUGGAAAUGGAGUCACGCAUCCGCUUAGGUAACUGGACCAGGAUGAAUGCUGAUAAUCCCAUCCUCAUCGAGGAAUCAUCCUGCCGCCCCUGGAAAAUUGCCGAUGAUUUGGAGUUACACCGCCACCGCUGGAUAAAUCCCGAUGCUCCCAUCCUCAUUGAGAAAGGAUCCCUCCGCCGCCGCCGUGGGAAAAUUGCCAAUAAUUCGAAACCAUCCCGCCGCCGCCGAAACGCGUCGCCCUCAUCUAGCAGUGAUAAUAAUGAACUGCCGUCUUCCAGCUCAUCUCUCUUAACAGAGCCUUCGGGACCCAACGAUGACGCGUUCUUUAUCCCCUGGCCGGACUGGCAGAAAGAAGCCACUAUGGCAGGGGUUUCGUAUCAGGAAGCCUCUUUAGACGUCUGCGAAAAUGUUCUUCAUCAAGUCUCCCCCCCAGAUCUUGUACAAUGCGAAGGAUCACCCUCUACACCCUCUACCUCAGACACCGAGGGCGAGGCCACCCCCACACCUCAAAACCUAUCUACCCAGACCACACCUUCCAAUGGCAAGUGCCGUCGAUCAUCGAGCCCACCCUCUCCUGGCAGUCACUCUACGAGCCCAACUGUCCACACAAAACCCGAAAGCAUACGCCCCGACCCUUCGCAAACAAAUGAAGGGACUGAUAUUCAUCGUGCGAAACGCGUUCGAAUGGGGGAACCUGCAGAUGAGGACGUACUUACUUCACCGCCAGGCAAGAUACCGACCCCUUGAUUGAAGGCGUCAUCCCUCGUCCCGGUGGCGAUGCAGGAAGCGAAUCGUAUCAAUAUUGAUGCAACGAUUUCUCCUCCCUUUUUUCUCUCCCUGUGCUUUUCUAUCAAGUCAUUCUCGCCAUCGCAAUUCAUUCCACUUGUUGUACCACCAUAUUUGGUGCUUGCUUUAUUGUGUU